AUGCGACGACGAACUGAAUUUGAAAAAGAUAUGAGACGUACACCUCCAUCUCCAUCGCCUCGUUUUUCACGUACAUUUGAUUUACUUUUGAGUCGAUUUCCUGAUUCAGCAGAUUUAUCAAUAAAUUCGAAUCAUAAAACAUCACCUAUUAUGGCAUCAAAAAGAGAUAGUUUUCAAUCUUUGACAAAUAAUGAAAAAUCUAACAACAAACCAGGACAAUGGCGAGCAUUAACUUCAGCACCUUUAUGUGCAUUUUGUAAUAAAACUGUUUAUCCAGCUGAAGAAAUUAUUGGUGCUGGACAAAAAUUUCACAAACUUUGUCUUAAAUGCACUACAUGCCAUAUAUUACUCAAUUCACGUAGUUUAAAUGAACGUAACAAAAAGCUUUAUUGUGUAGGUUGCUAUAGUCGUCAAUUUGGUCCACGAGUAGUCUCUCGUAAUCUUGCAACAUCAUUUCCAUCUAAUUUGGAUACGCCACCUAGUAGUCCAAGUUCAAAUCGAGAAGAAAUUGAUUCCAAUAUUGAAUUACCAAAUACGGAUGAUAAUUAUUUUCAUCAAAAAACUUCAACAGAUUUAUCACCAUCUCAUAUUUCAUUUGAUAAUGGUUCACGUAAUAGUAAUUUGAAAAGUACUAUUAUGAGUGGAGUAACAACACAACAAACAAUAUCAAACGUCAAUCGAUCAACAUCACCACGUGUAAUAAAUGGUACGGCAUUUAAAAUGAUGUCAAUAUCAGGAAAUAUUUGUCCUCGAUGUUCAAAAACGGUUUAUUCAGCUGAAGAAAUUAAAGCUGCUGGCAAAUCAUUUCAUAAACAAUGUUAUACUUGUGCUUGUUGUAAAGGAACUAUUAGUGGUGCUCAUUUUUCUGAACGUGAUGGAGAAAUUUAUGAUAACAAAUGUUAUCAACGUUUAUUUAGUCCAAAAGUAGUAUUAUCAAUAGGAAAUUGA